GCUUAGUAAAUUUAUGAUUAAAACGAUGCUUUCAGUUGUACUCGUCUUCUAAUUCUUACGUCAUUUCUGUUGAAAAUACAUAUUCUAGCAUGGAAGUUACUGACAAUAAUCUCAAUACUCUUGUUGGCUACUUGCAACAAACUUUAAGUCCAGAUCCUAGUAUUCGUAGGCCUGCGGAGAAGUUUUUAGAAUCAGUUGAAGGUAAUCAGAAUUAUCCCAUCCUUUUGUUAUCUUUGUUAGAAAAAGCAGAUGUUGAUAUAACUAUCAAAGUCUCUAGUGCUGUAACAUUCAAGAACUAUAUAAAAAGAAAUUGGAGAAUCGCUGAAGAUGAAAUCAAUAAAGUUCAUGAUUCAGAUAGAGAAACAAUCAAACGCCUCAUAGUGGGGUUGAUGUUGAGAAGUCCUGAACAGAUUCAGAGGCAGCUAAGUGACGCAGUUGGUAUCAUUGGUCGAGAAGACUUUCCUGAAAAGUGGCCAAAUUUAUUACAAGAAAUGAUAGUACACUUUCAAGGUGGAGAUUUUCAUUCUAUUAAUGGAGUAUUGCAUACUGCUCAUUCUCUGUUCAAAAGGUAUCGCUAUGAAUUUAAAUCCCAGCCGCUUUGGCAAGAGAUCAAGUUCGUUCUUGACAAUUUUGCAAAGCCUCUCACUGAACUUUUUGUAGCUACUAUGCAACUUGCAGAGACUCACUCAACUAAUGUUAAUGCCCUCAAGGUUAUUUUUAGCUCAUUGGUUCUGAUCUCAAAGAUAUUUUACAGUUUGAAUUUUCAAGAUUUACCUGAAUUUUUUGAAGAUAAUUUAAAGACUUGGAUGAGUUAUUUUCUAAAGCUUCUGACAGUGGACAAUGAAUUGUUGAAAACAGAUGAUGAAGAAGCUGGUCUUCUUGAACAACUUAAGUCACAAAUAUGUGAGAAUAUAGGUCUGUAUGCUCAGAAAUAUGAUGAGGAAUUUUCAGAAUAUCUACCAGGUUUUGUUACAGCAGUGUGGUCGCUACUUACUACAACAGGUCAACAAGUAAAAUAUGAUUUACUCGUAAGUAAUGCUAUUCAUUUCCUUUCAUCUGUGGCUGAAAGAAAUAACUACAAACAUCUCUUUGAAGCGUCAGACGUGCUUAGCUCAAUAUGUGAAAAAGUAAUCAUCCCUAACAUGGAAUUUAGAACUUGUGAUGAAGAAUUAUUUGAAGAUAAUCCUGAGGAGUAUAUCAGAAGAGAUAUUGAGGGAUCAGAUGUUGAUACUCGAAGAAGAGCAGCGUGUGAUUUAGUUAAAGCAUUAGCAAAGCACUUUGAAGCAAACAUUACCCGUGUAUUUUCUGAUUAUGUAAACAGUAUGCUGCAAAAUUUUUCAAAAAAUCCUGUCAGUCACUGGAAGAGUAAAGAUGCUGCAAUUUAUUUAGUUACAUCAAUGACUGCAAAAGGGCAAACAGCAAGGCAUGGUAUAACUCAAACUAAUGAGUUAGUAAAUAUUUGUGAUUUCUUCAAUGGUCAUAUUCUUCCUAUUCUUCAGGCUUCAUCAGUUGAUGAUUUUCCUGUCUUAAAAGCAGAUUGCAUUAAGUAUUACUUAAUAUUUCGCAAUCAGCUUCCAAAAGAGCUUGUUCUUAGCACCUUACCACAUGUAAUAAAUCUGCUGAAAGCCAAAAGCAUUGUUGUGCAUACAUAUGCAGCACAUGCUAUUGAAAGGGUUUUUACUAUGAAGAGUGAAGUUGGAGGGCAGUGCUUUAAGAGUUGUGACAUUCAACCUAUUGCGCAGGUUCUUUUAACUAAUUUAUAUGCUGCCUUCGACCAUCCUGGAUCAUCUGAAAAUGAAUAUAUCAUGAAAGCUCUUAUGAGAACAUUUUCUGCCCUACAAGAAGCUGUGAUUCCUUUUCUUGGAGACCUUUUUCCUAAAUUAACAAUGAAGCUUAGUAUUGUUAGCAAAAACCCAAGCAAGCCACAUUUUAAUCAUUAUUUAUUUGAAGCUCUGAGCUUAUCUGUUCGCAUUGUCUGUGGAAACAACAGAAGUGCAGUCUUGAAAUUUGAAGAAGCAUUAUUUCCGGUGUUUGAACAUAUUUUACAACAAGAUAUACAAGAAUUUGUUCCUUAUGUGUUCCAGUUGUUAUCUCUCUUUCUGGAGUUUCAAGACUCUCCAGUGCCUGAACAUUACAUGGCUCUCUUUCCUUGCUUACUUUCACCUGUUUUGUGGGAACGGCCAGGAAAUAUCCCUGCCCUCGGCAGGUUACUUCAAGCAUAUAUUUCCAAGGGAGCUCAACAGAUUGUUGUUUCGCAAAAAUUAAGUGCUGUUUUAGGUGUGUUCCAAAAAUUGAUUGCAUCAAAAACUAAUGACCAUGAAGGCUUUUAUAUUCUCCAUAGGCUUGUUGAAAAUGUUCCACCGGAGACUUUGAAUGAAUUUUUAAAACACAUAUUUGUCCUUUUAUUUCAUCGACUGCAAAGCUCAAAAACAACAAAAUACAUUAAAUGUUUAUUAGUUUUCUUUUUCUUGUUUUCUUACAAAUAUGGACCACAGAAUUUGAUAUCCCUUAUUGAUGGAAUACAGCCAAAAAUGUUUGCCAUGGUUAUUGAAAGACUUGUGAUUCCUGAUUUACAAAAAGUAUCCGGUCAAAUUGAAAGAAAAAUAUGCUCAAUUGGUUUGAUCAAACUACUUACAGAAGUUCCUGAAGUUGUUGAUGGUUAUUAUUCUCAAUUUUGGGCCCCAUUGCUUCAAUCUCUGAUUGGUUUAUUUGAGCUUCCCGAAGAUGAAAGUGUCCCUGAGGAUGAACAUUUCAUUGAUGUUGAAGAUACCCCUAGUUACCAGAGUGCUUUCUGUCAACUUGUUUUUGCUGGAAAAUCUGAUCAUGAUCCUAUAAAUGGCGCCAUACCCGAUGCUCGGCUUCAUCUUGCACAAUGUUUAUCAAAGUUAUCUGCCAAUCACCCUGGAAAGUUUCCUGCUCUGAUAUCCUCAAGCAUGUCCCCAGAAGCUGCCGUUCACCUUAGCAAAUAUUUACAAGCAGCCAAUGUUGCACUUUCUUGAAGGAAAAUUUCUUCAUUAAUUUUUGUAAUUUAAAAGACUCAUAAAUAUCAAUUUCAUAGUGUACAUAAGUUUUUGAAUGAAAAAAAAAUGCUUUUAAUUGUUUUCAGUAUCAUAUGUGUAAUGAUUCUUGUGAAUACUCAGUAUUCAGGUUGUGUUACCUUG